GCCAGCCCUGUCCUUCCGCAGUCGGGCACGGCAGCAUUAUGAAAGGACCUCUCCAAACUUGGAUUUCGUGCCAGCCUGUCUUCCCCCAGAUCCUGUGGAAGUAGAGGAGCUGCAGCGCUUUGUUUCUAACUCCAAGAGGCUGUUUGUAAUGACUGGAGCUGGAAUCUCAACCGAAUCAGGGAUCCCAGACUACCGCUCUGAAGGUGUUGGGCUCUACGCCAGGACAGACAGGCGUCCCAUCCAACACGCUGAGUUUGUUCGUAGUGCCAGUGCCCGACAGCGGUACUGGGCAAGGAACUUUGUGGGCUGGCCCCAGUUCUCCUCCCAUCAGCCAAACAGAGCACACCUGGUACUAAGAGACUGGGAGAAGGUGGGGAAGUUGCACUGGCUGGUGACCCAGAACGUGGAUGCCCUUCACACCAAAGCUGGGAGCCAGCGCAUAACAGAAUUGCACGGCUGCACGCACAGGGUUUUCUGCCUGGCCUGUGGAGACCAAAUCUCACGCUCUGAGCUUCAGGAGCACUUUGAAGCUCUGAAUCCUACCUGGAAAGCUGAAGCAUUCGGUGUGGCUCCAGAUGGGGAUGUCUUCCUGACAGAUGAGCAGGUGCGUAAUUUCCAAGUCCCAGCCUGCCGUAAAUGUAAUGGAAUCUUGAAGCCCGAUGUGACAUUCUUUGGAGACACCGUGAGCCGGGAAAAAGUGGAUUUUGUGCACCAACGCUUGGCAGAAUCAGACUCCAUGCUGGUGGCAGGAUCCUCUAUGCAGGUAUACUCUGGUUACAGGUUUGCGCUUGCUGCCCAGGAGAAGCAGCUGCCAAUUGCGAUCCUUAACAUUGGGCCCACAAGAUUAGAUCACUUUGCGUCCUUAAAACUGAAUUCCCGCUGUGGAGAGCUGCUGCCUUUGAUUGUUGCACAUGGCCCAACAAGCUGA